UUUAAUUUUGCCAAACUAUCCCACAAAGCUUUUUCUUUCCUCCCUAAACCCACUUUUUUGCUCACCUUUCCUACCCACUUUACUACAAACAAACCAUUAAAGGACCCCUCUCCCGGGCCUCCGACGGCAGGAGUCCGCGGACCUCCCAGGCCGACAGCCCUCCCUCUAACCGCGAGGGUUCCGGGCCCGGCGAGAGGGCGCGCGCACAGCCGAGGACAUGGAGGUGACUGCGGACCAGCCUCGCUGGGUGAGCCACCACCACCCCGCGGUCCUCAACGGGCAGCACCCGGACACGCACCACCCGGGCCUCGGCCACUCGUACAUGGACCCGGCUCAGUACCCGCUGACGGAAGAGGUGGACGUACUUUUUAACAUCGAUGGUCAAGGCAACCACGUCCCGUCCUACUACGGAAACUCGGUCAGGGCUACCGUGCAGAGGUACCCUCCGACCCACCACGGGAGUCAGGUGUGUCGCCCACCUCUGCUGCACGGAUCCCUGCCCUGGCUCGAUGGUGGUAAAGCCCUGAGCAGCCACCACACGGCCUCGCCCUGGAACCUCAGCCCUUUCUCCAAGACGUCCAUCCACCACGGCUCCCCGGGGCCGCUGUCGGUCUACCCUCCGGCUUCCUCCUCUUCUCUGGCCGCAGGCCACUCCAGUCCGCAUCUCUUCACCUUCCCACCCACCCCUCCGAAAGACGUCUCCCCAGACCCGUCGCUGUCCACCCCGGGAUCGGCGGGCUCCGCCAGGCAAGAUGAGAAAGAGUGCCUCAAAUAUCAGGUGCCGCUGCCUGAUAGCAUGAAGCUGGAGACUUCCCACUCCCGAGGCAGCAUGACCACCCUGGGAGGGGCCUCGUCCUCAGCCCACCACCCCAUCACCACCUAUCCGCCCUACGUGCCCGAGUACAGCUCCGGACUCUUCCCACCCAGCAGCCUGCUGGGAGGAUCCCCUACUGGGUUCGGGUGUAAGUCGAGGCCCAAGGCGAGAUCUAGCACAGAAGGCAGGGAGUGUGUGAACUGUGGGGCCACCUCCACCCCACUGUGGCGGCGAGAUGGUACUGGGCACUACCUCUGCAACGCCUGUGGACUGUACCAUAAGAUGAACGGACAGAACCGGCCCCUUAUCAAGCCCAAGCGAAGGCUGUCGGCAGCAAGGAGAGCAGGGACAUCCUGUGCUAACUGUCAGACCACCACCACCACCCUCUGGAGGAGGAACACUAAUGGGGACCCUGUCUGCAAUGCCUGUGGACUCUACUACAAGCUGCACAAUAUUAACAGACCCCUGACUAUGAAGAAGGAAGGCAUCCAGACCCGAAACCGGAAGAUGUCUAGCAAAUCCAAAAAGUGCAAAAAGGUGCAUGAUGCGCUGGAGGACUUCCCCAAGAGCAGUUCCUUCAACCCGGCUGCCCUCUCCAGACACAUGUCAUCCCUGAGUCACAUCUCCCCGUUCAGCCACUCCAGCCACAUGCUGACCACGCCGACGCCCAUGCACCCGCCCUCUGGCCUCUCCUUUGGACCUCACCAUCCUUCUAGUAUGGUCACCGCCAUGGGGUAGAGGGAGAGCCCUGCUCCAUAUGCACGAGGAGUUUCCGAGUCUACAAAGAAUCCCUCUGACCCCCUCUACUUGCGUUUUUGCAGGAGCAGUAUCAUGAAGCCUGAAAGCAACAGAUCUGUGUUUUUGAAGGCAGAAAGCAAAAUGUUCGCUUCUUUUCCAAAGGAGCUCCCGGUGGUGUCUGUGUUCCAACCACUGAAUCCGGAUCCCAUUUGUGAAUAAGCCAUUCAGACUCAUAUUCCCUAUUUAACAGGGUCUCUAGUGCUGUGAAAAAAAAAUAUUGCUGAACAUUGCAUAUAACUUAUAUUGUAAGAAAUACUGUACAUUUGAGGAAGACUUUAUUGUACCUGGAUAGCUGUAAGAAAGGCAUGAAGGACGCCAAGAAUUUUAAUGAAUAUAGGGAAAAUAAAGUAUGGAGAGAGAUACAGAAGAAACUAAGUCUUGAUGUCCAAAUGGGCACACUGUCAGUUUUGUUUCCCUUUAGUUGUUUGAUGCAUUAA